AGUGCUAAUCCAGGAACACCACAAGCAAAAGAAUUUCACCCUGGGAAAUCCUAUUCUAACAAUUCCGAGCAAAAAACUGUCAAACCGGAAGUUUGUGACAGCGUCGGCUGUCACUCAGACUCUGACGAGGUAGGCUCUUUUGGCUUCAACUCUGAACAGAAGCAGAACUACCGGCAAUAUGUCAAUAAGGGAAUCAAAAAUGUGUCAACCGUUCGUGACAUCAGGGAGGCAGCUACCGACUACACGGGCAAUGAUGGGGAUGACGAACCGUCACCAUCGUUCGUGGGUAAAUUGAAAAUCCAACAUUGUGAUGAACCAUCACCAUCUUAUGGGGGGCAAUGUGAUGAGUCAGAUUCAAAUUCUGGGAUGAGUGAAGCUUCUAACCAUUCUAAUUUCCAGAAUGGUUCGGAUUCUCUUAAAGGGUGUGGAUCUCUUCAGGCCGAUUGCCAGAGAAACAAGGACCAUUCGCUCGAUCCCCCAGAAGAAACUGAUGGCAGUAAAGUUAACUGUCUUUUCAGUGAUACCAGACAAUGUGAUGGAGUAGAUAUACCAACAAGGGUGAGGCCUGGCUCAGAGAAAGACAGAUUAGAAAAUAAAGAAAAUAAAAGUCAAAUUGAGGACAGUGUGGUAGGAGAAGUCAAAGUGAAAGCUGAGGAUAAUUUUGAAACGGAUGAUAAAACGGAAGCAGCACAUUUGAAAAUGUCUUCACCAAAUAGUAAGAAUUAUGUGAGACGGGAGAAAUCCAGGUGUAAUGGUGAGGAGGAUUUCAGUAAAAGUGGACAGCGCUUGCAGACACAGGAGGCGCUCUCAGAAAGUCACAGCGGUACCCCGAGGUCUAAACCAGGGGAGGCGGACGUUUUAAAAUCUGGGACAUCAAGCGGUGAAAGUGGACAGGAGUUGUCACCCUCUGUGUGUGACAGCAGCGGAGCCAGCUCACCUGUCAGUGCUAAAUGUGUACCUGAGAGCAAUGGACUUUCAGAUAGAUCAAAAGCCAAAGGUCAAAGUGUCAAAGGUGAGCAUAGACACAAGAAGCAAUCGGCUCUGGAUUCUCUGAGCUCUUUUGUAUACAGCCAGCCACUGACCAGCGAGCACCCACUGGACAGCCUCCAGAGACUUCUGUCCACCAAUGACCUUACACAGCUUCCGCACGA